AAACACCGCGUGUAUGCGAAGUUGAUUUCGCGGAAUGAAAUUCCGAACCAAUUGUAAUAUUUAAUUUUCAAAUUUAUAUCAAAUCUUUCGAGCUACUUGAGCAUUGAGUAAGUACAAAAGCUGUAAAUCAUAAUGACUGCAACAACGAGCGAGAGUGAAGAUAACAUGGAAAUGCUUCAGUCACCACCCAGGCUUGGAUUGUGCGAGGUGUGCAAUGCCAUUCAGGCAAAAUACACCUGCCCAAAGUGUGAGGUAAAGUCAUGCUGCCUGAAGUGUGUCAACAUUCACAAGAAAGAGCUGGGCUGCGAUGGCAUCCGGGAUCGAACCAAGUACAUCCCGAUGAAAAAGAUGACCCAAAUGGACAUGAUGAGUGACUAUGCUUUCCUGGAGGAAUGCAGUCGAUUCGUGGACGACCGGAAGCGGGACAAGAUUAAGCGAUUUACGCGAUACAAUAAAAGCCUACCGCCAUCGUUGUUCCGGUUGCGGUGUGCCGCUCGAGAGCGGGGAACCACCUUGAAGUUCCUGUUGCAGAAUUUUACCAAGCACCAGCGCAACAACAGUCAGUUGAAUUUCAAAACGCUGGUUAUCUAUUGGCGCGUGGAAUGGUGCUUCCCGAAUGCGGAAGGGAUGCUGUUCGUGGACGAACGGUGCGACGAGAAUGCAUCGUUGAUGGAUUUACUGGGGAAGUAUCUGGAGGUUGGCAAUGGAGAGGAUUUCACCGGGAAGAACAAGCUGGAGUUUUAUCAGUCUCGUGGAAUGAGCCGGUUGCGAGUACUACUGAAGGCGGAAGGAGUGAAGCGAAGCAAGAAUCGUUUCUUUGAGCUUAAACCGAAGAAGUCACUCAAGGAGAACCUGAAAGGGAAAACCAUUGUCGAAUAUCCGGUGAUUUACGUAAUUUUCAAAGAGGCAUCCGAUGGGUUCGAUGUGAUAGAAUCGGACGAAGAUGUCGAAGCGGAAACCAAACUGUACCAGAAGUAUCUGGACAAUCAGUACGGACCGAAGAGGACUUUCGUGAAGCGAGAGCAUCCGGAAGACAAGGAAAGGGAAUCAAAGGUAUUGGAAGGCAUCGAUAAGUUGGAAAUUGCCCGAAAACGCGAAGAACGGCAGAAACGAAGGAUAGCAGCGCAGGUAGAACCGGCCAACUAUCUGUUCAGCGACGAAAAUCUGUGGAAUCAAUAUUCGUCGGAUUCGGACGGGCAGGUGACGGAAGAAGAGGCGGAGGAUGCCGAGGAAAUGCUCUCGCCUAAAAGGAUAAAAACGGAAAAGGAUUGAGUGAGUUUUGUUGGAAAUUGUUGAAUUAUAUGAUUAAGUAUUGAUGUUUGUCAAUAUUUUUACACUUAUUGAAAGUAUAUGGAAUUUGGAAUUCGAACAAA